AUGUUCUCUCCCAGGAGGAAGAUCCUCAGGCAUGAGUGCCCCAAGAUCCAGAAGUUUGGUCUGCUGGGGAAGCUGGUGGGGCAGCUCACCCUCUCCUGCACCUGCAAGGACAAGGAGACCUCCUGCGAGGCUGCAGAAGCUCUCUAUGAACUGCACAUCUUCGUCCUGCAGCAGACAAGCAAGGUGGAGUGGAUGGAUUACAGUGGGCAGCUGCAGCCUCUGGUGGGCUCACAGAAGCAGUCUUGGAUGUUCUUCAGGGAGUAUCGUGCCAGGAGACUCUUCUCGAUGUUCACAGAAUGCCUCCAGCCCUCCAGCCGGGCAGAGAUCAUCCUCAUGGCCAUCGCGGCCAUGGAGCCCACAAGCGGCUACAAUGUCAGCGUGGCUGCCCACAUGGUCAGCAGCCUUGUGGUGGACUCUUCCUUCCUGCCAGGAACGGUGAGGAAGAUUGUGAGUGCCAUCUACAGAAAGCUGCCUUCCAUCAAGGCACUGGUAGCCCUCAAGAGCCUGGACAGAGCCCUGCUGGCGCUGAUGGACCAAGACCCCAGAGCGGUGGUGGCCACUCUCUUGCACUUCUCACAAAGGAGCAGCAGGUAUGGGCCUCAGCAGCCUUUGGGGCUUCUCUCCCACUGGCAGUGGGGCCCCGAGACCAUCCUGAGGGACUUCAGCCUGGCCACCCUUCACGGUGUCCCUGCUGACAGAGCCCUGUGUCCCUUCAGGGCUGCCAGCACUAUGUGGAACGUGGUGCUCUCCAAGCCCCAGACCAGGGAGAAGGUGCUGCAGGAGCUGGUCAGAGUGAUGAUGGACAGGUCGCAGCGCAAGACCUGCAUCGAGACCGACCCACGCCUCUUCUGCAUGGCUGCCAUCAAGAUCGUAGGCAAGAUUGUCCUGCAGCCCGCCUGCCAGCAGGAGGUGAAGGCAAUUUUCCCCCAGCUUUUCCUGGCACUGCUUUUCCAAGUGUCAUUCACCACUGAGCUGAUGCCUGCGGAGGUGCUGAUGUGGUGGGACAACCAACAGGAGCAGUGCACUCCUAUCAGGUCUGCCGUGCAGUCCAUGAGAGUGCUGCUCUGCAGCAUGGGCUUGGAGAGCCAGGUGCUGGCCAUCCAGGAACAGGGGGGCUGGGACGCCCUGCUCAGAGCCAAGACCCACCUCAUGGGAGUGCGCAUCGUGGCCAGGGAGAUGAUGGAGAUGCCAACGCUCCUGCGCUCCACCUUCUUCUGCCAGCUGGCAGAGAUCCUCAGCGGGAAGGACCCGAGCUGUGAGAUGAUUGCCAUGGUCUUCUUCAUUGAGACAGUGGAGUGCUCUGACUGUGAGGAGGAGCUGCAACGUGCCCUGAAAAUCCUGGCCAUGUAUCUGCAGAGCCCGUGCCUGGGGAUGCCCAGCCUGGUGCUCAGAGCCAUCCUCAGGCUCACCCAGAGGCCCGACACAGCAAGGAAAACCCUCGUCCUGCUGCCACUCGUCCUGGAGCGGCUGCGGGAUGACGACGGCGCCAGCAGCGCCGCAGCCCUGCCCGUGCUCGCCGCCAUGCUGCGGCUGCUUGAGGGGAGGAGGCUCAACCUCGCCGCCCUGGAGCUGGCUGACAAGCUCUGGCCCCUCUUUGGCAACGAGUCGGACACUGUGCGGGAGCUCUCCAUCCGUCUCUUCCGAGAUGCGAUGAGGCUCGUGGCGCGCCAAGGGAAGGAAAAGAUGAAGAAGGUGGUGUGCAACAGCCUGCUGCCACUGCUCUUCCACCUGCACGACGAGAGCAAGAGUGUGGCCCAGCAUCAGUCCCCAGCCGGUGCAUCUUCCCCAGAUGGCCCAGGACAGGCGGCUCUGAGCCCUGCCAAGAGAGGGGGCACCGGGUCCUGUGCCCCUGCUAAUGGUGGUGGCAUCUCUGCUGCUCUCCAGGCCUCCCAGGAAGCUCUCCGCAGCGCUGGCCACUUCCUGAACUGGAGGAGGCUGGCACAGCUGGCUGGGACUCAGCAGGCAUGGAGCAUCCGCGAGCGCUUGCUGUCCAAGAACAGGAGCAGGGCCAAGGACUACCUGCACCAGAGCCAGAGCUACCUGCGGAACCCUCAGGAGGCCCUGCGGCUGGAGGCUGUGAGGUUCAUUGGCCUCAUCGGAAGACUGAUGGAUGAACGGGAGGACAUGGAGCAUGUCAGAGAGGUCCUUGAAGAUGCGAGGACAGAUGACAGCCCCCUGGCCAUCAAGAUCGUAGGCAAGAUCGUCCUGCAGCCCGCCUGCCAGCAGGAGGUGAAGGCAAUUUUCCCCCAGCUUUUCCUGGCACUGCUUUUCCAAGUGUCAUUCACUGUGGAGCUGAUGCUAUUCGAGGUGCUGAUGUGGUGGGACAAACAACAGAAGCAGUUCACUCCUAACAGGUGCUCCAUCCCUGUCCUGGCCCUGCUGGAGACUGAGCUUGGACCCCGCAAUGUCCGCAGGCCCCCUGGCCAGCCGGUGGCUCUGUGGUUGUGGCUGCUGCAGGAGGAGCCCAUUGACUGCCUGGACACCGCGGUGCGGCAGCAAGCCAUGCUGGCCACGGCCACCAUGAGUCUGAAGAGCAUCUCUCUGUCCCUGCAGUAG